AUGCUUGCCAUCAACCUGAUCAUCACCACAAUCACCAUAUAUACGCUGCUGACAAAUGUUCAAAGACGCUCCGCUGGUUGUCGGCAUGCGGGUGGAUCAGCUGCAUCACGAUCCGGCAGCAGUCGCUUGAUCGGUGAAGUAGUGUUCAACUACGUCAGAGCUCCGAAACGCUGUAUAAGCACAGUUAGUCAGUUAAGAUCAAAGGAUUCCUGUCCUAUGAACAAAACUCUCACUGAAGAUGAUGCUCAGAGCGAGGAGCGUCUCAACCGCGUCUCGGGUGCGGAUUGGAGUUCGGAUGACCGUGCGGCACGCAGCACGCUCAGUAAUGGAACUGUCCAACCAAGGCAUGAACUACUGGAAUUUCUGAAAAAGCAUGGCUUGAGGAGUUCAUCGAAAACUUCUCGAAGUAAAACAUGGAAGAAUAGUUCAUUGGAACCGUGGAAAGCUUUGAAGGCGAUUCUGGUCUUGAUGCCAAUUUUGGGCUAUCCACAACUUAUCUUCCUUCGCCCUUAUUUCCAAAAUUUUGAAAUGAUAUUUGAAUACAUAAAUGCAAUCAUUAUAGGCACACA